UUACUAGACCCACUCCUCUGCUCUCCUUUCAGCGCACCUUUCAUAUGCUUCGCUCGACUCCCCGCGUUAGCUUAAGCUGACGGAUCGAGACAUUCGUCGCUGCUCGCUCGUGGAGAAUUGGAGCAGUUCAUCUUGAUCUGCUCUCCAAACAAGCUUGACGGCUUCCAUCGUCGACUCGGGGAUCUUCGAUUGGUAUGUCCGCUGAAUCGAUUCCUCAACUUUUGUCUCUUCUUCCGGCGUCGGAGUCGGAUUGUGAUCGGGGAUUCAUUGAAGAUCUCAAGCUAUAUGAGGGGAUGAAGCGUAAUGAAGGGUUGCGGAGACAAGGACAGCAGGAAGUGAACUGAUUCUGCCCAUCGCGGGUGGUUUCCACCGGUUGACAGGUCGAACUGGAGACUGAGGACUCGCGUUCGCGAUCGAUUCAUAGCGCAAUGGACAAGUCAAGUACCUUGGAGUACAUCAACCAGAUGUUCCCUACAGAGGCUUCGUUAUCCGGGGUCGAGCCCUUGAUGCAGAAGAUACACAGUGAGAUUCGUCGUAUUGAUUCUGAAAUUUUGGCAGCUGUUCGCCAGCAGAGUAAUUCAGGGACAAAAGCCAAGGAAGAUCUUGCUGCUGCUACACACGCUGUUGAGGAACUCAUGUACAAGAUUCGGGAAAUAAAAACCAAAGCCGAGCAAAGUGAGACCAUGGUUCAGGAAAUUUGUCGUGACAUAAAGAAGUUGGAUUUUGCUAAGAAGCAUAUAACAACAACGAUCACUGCUCUUCACCGUCUUACCAUGCUUGUCUCAGCCAUUGAGCAACUCCAGAUAAUGGCUUCUAAAAGACAAUAUAAAGAGGCAGCUGCACAGUUGGAGGCUGUGAACCAGCUGUGCAGUCAUUUUGAAGCCUACAGGGAUAUUCCCAAAAUAACAGAGCUUAGGGAGAAGUUUAAGAAUAUCAAACAAAUACUCAAGUCGCAUGUGUUCUCUGAUUUUUCGAGCUUAGGUACAGGAAAAGAGAGCGAAGAGACAAAUCUGCUGCAACACUUAUCCGAUGCUUGCUUAGUAGUUGACGCGUUGGAGCCUUCUGUGAGGGAGGAGCUGGUGAAUACAUUUUGCAGCAGGGAGCUCACGUCUUAUGAACAGAUAUUUGAAGGAGCUGAACUUGCUAAGCUGGAUAAAACAGAACGGAGAUAUGCCUGGAUUAAGCGUCGAAUGAGAACCAAUGAAGAGAUAUGGAAGAUCUUUCCUCCUUCCUGGCACGUCCCUUAUCGGCUUUGCAUCCUAUUCUGUAAGAAGACAAGGAAACAACUUGAAGAGAUCCUCGUCAAUUUGAAGGAAAAGCCAGAUGUCGGUACUUUGUUAUUGGCACUCCAACGAACCCUGGAAUUUGAAGAUGAAUUGGCAGAAAAAUUUGGGGGAGGAGCUAGGAGCAAAGAGAUCAUCAGUGAAGAUGACAUAGAUAAGGGUGAAAAUAACAGUCAACUUGUCUCUGAUAUACGAAAGAAGUACGAACGGAAACUUGCGGCACAUCAAGGAACUGAGGAUGAGGAGAAGGAUGGAAACAAAGAUGUGUCAGUGCCUGGUGCUGGGUUCAACUUCCGUGGAAUCAUUUCGUCUUGCUUCGAACCUCAUUUAACGGUAUAUAUAGAGCUAGAAGAGAAAACACUGAUGGAAAGUCUUGAAAAACUUGUCCAGGAGGAAACAUGGGAUAUCGAGGAGGGGAGUCAGAACAAUGUUUUAACCAGUAGCAUGCAGCUGUUUCUUAUCAUCAAGAGAAGCUUAAAGCGUUGCAGUGCUCUGACAAAGAACCAGACGCUAUUCAAUUUGUUCAAGGUAUUUCAAAGAGUUCUUAAAGCAUAUGCCACAAAACUUUUUGCAAAACUACCUAAAGGUGGUGUGGGGCUUGUUGCAGCGGCCACAGGUAUAGACGGACAGAUAAAGACUUCAGACAGAGAUGAAAGAGUGAUCUGCUACAUAGUGAAUUCAGCUGAAUAUUGCCAUAAAACGGCUGGCGAACUGGCUGAAAGCGUAUCAAAGAUAAUCGAUUCCCAAUACGCUGAUGGUGUGGAUAUGUCAGAAGUACAGGUAUUGUUUGACUUCAAUUUGCAUGCACUUGUGAGGUACUCAUUCUCUUUGUCACUAAUUGCUAACUUAUCAGCGGUAUCACAGGAUGAAUUUUCUGCAGUCAUAACAAAAGCACUUGUGACUCUAGUGCAUGGCCUAGAAACGAAAUUUGAUAUAGAAAUGGCUGCCAUGACACGCAUCCCAUGGAACACUCUAGAAAGUGUCGGGGAUCAAUCAGGGUAUGUCAACAACAUAAAUCUGAUGCUGAAUAAUAGUAUUCCUGUGCUUGGAAGCCUUCUGUCUCCUAUUUAUUUCCAAUUCUUCUUGGACAAGCUUGCGUCAUCACUUGGUCCCCGCUUCUACGUCAACAUAUUUAAAUGCAAACAGAUAUCUGAAACUGGAGCCCAACAAAUGCUGUUGGAUACUCAAGCCAUAAAGACAAUCCUCCUAGAUAUUCCUUCCCUAGGCCGACAAACAUCAAGCGCUGCCAGCUAUUCUAAGUUUGUAAGCCGAGAGAUGAGCAAAGCUGAAGCACUUCUAAAGGUCAUUCUGUCUCCUGUUGAUUCUGUGGCAGAUACAUAUCGUGCAUUAUUACCAGAAGGAACGACAAUGGAGUUUCAGCGUGUUCUGGAGCUCAAGGGGCUCAAGAAGGCCGAUCAGCAAACUAUAUUGGAUGACUUCAACAAACUUGGACCUGGGAUUGUGCAACCUCCUGUAGCGCCACCUGUCAUUCCUGCUGCCCCAGUUCCCACAAUAGCUCCUGCAAUGUCAAACAUCGCUUCAGUCAGCUUGAUCGCAUCUGGGGAGGAUGUGCUCACUAGAGCCGCUGCGCUAGGGCGUGGUGCCGCCUCAACAGGUUUCAAGAGGUUUCUUGCUCUCACGGAAGCGGCUAAGGAUAGGAAGGACGGUCCUUUCCGGAAGCUCUUCAAUGCCUGAUCAUAUGAAACCUCAUCCUUGUGAAUUCUCAUUUUUUAAUAUGAUUCCAUUUUUGGUAAUUCCGUUUAGCUCAUGCUCCAUUUAACUCCUCUAAGAUUAAAUGAAAGCGAAAAAGGAAGAGCUUUUCUUGAA